GGCACCGGCCAGAAGUUCACCACUGCCACCACUGUGGUAGCAGGUGUCGCGUCCAUCAUAGCAACGCUGCUGUCGAUAAUUUCCAUAUGGCUCCAAGCAAAGAACUAUCGCAAGCCGCUGCUGCAGCGCUAUGUCGUCCGCAUUCUACUCAUGGUGCCCAUCUACUCGAUCGCGUCGUGGACAAGCAUGGUUUCCUUGAAGGCCGCUGCCUUUGUGGACCCAAUUCGAGACAUCUAUGAGGCGUUUACGAUAUACACCUUUUUCCAGCUUCUUAUCAACUACAUGGGCGGAGAGCGUGCUGUCAUCAUCAUCCCCCACGGUCGGGCCCCAGUCCAUCAUUUGUGGCCCAUGAACCAUUUCCUGCCCAAGGUGGAUAUCUCAGACCCUUAUACCUUCUUGGCCAUCAAGCGGGGCAUCCUUCAGUAUGCGUGGCUCAAGCCCAUCCUGGCUGUCGCUGCCAUCAUCAUGAAGGCUACAGAUACCUACCAGGAGGGAUACAUCGGAGCUAAAUCCGGCUAUUUCUGGAGUGGUAUCAUCUACAACAUCAGUGUUACUGUCAGUCUGUACUCGCUUGGACUGUUUUGGGUUUGCAUGCAUCGAGACUUGGUACCGUUCCGGCCGGUCCCCAAGUUCUUGUGUAUCAAGCUUAUCAUCUUUGCUUCCUAUUGGCAGGGAUUCUUCCUAUCGAUUCUUGUAUGGCUUGGUGCCAUUCCGGACGAUGUCCAGGGUUACACUCGCGACAACCUUGCUGCAGCUAUCCAAGACGCUCUUAUCUGUGUAGAAAUGCCCAUUUUCGCUGUUGCUCACUGGUAUGCCUUUUCCUGGCAUGAUUUUGCGGACAACCGCAUCCAAUCGGCUCGCAUGCCACUCAACUAUGCCUUCCGUGAUGCGUUUGGGGUCAAAGACCUCAUUGAAGAUUCCAAGGAGACGUUUAGGGGAGACAACUACGGUUACCGAUUUUUCGACUCCGGAGACAGAAUCAUGGCCCACGAAGACUCCAGGUCGAGAUUUGCUCGGUUGAGAGAAGGGAUGCGGUACGAACGCGGAGGUAAAGGCAAAUAUUGGAUUCCCAAACCGGGGGAGGUGAAUGCGACGUCGCCAUUGCUGGGCAAUGGAUCGUCCAGCUCGACUCGUCCUGAUCAACUGAAUGAGAAUGCGCACGGCACAUUUGAGGAACCUGAAAUUGAUGCCGAUGAGGAGCAUCUGUAUAGCAAAGCCCGGCAGUUGGAAUACGGGGAUUGGAAUUAUCCAGUCAUUACAGCGAGCGAGCCGCUCAGGGAGCGUUAUGCUUCU